CUCUUAUUUCCAUACAACAUUUGCUUCAGAAAUGGCUUUAUCAAUGAAUCUCCUGGUUUUUAUGAUCUGUAGCAUAAUAUCUUGCUUUGCAAUGAGCCUCAGUUACUCUAUCAGUAAUACUGAAUAUGUUGCAUUUGUGUUUGGGGAUUCUCUGGUGGAUGCAGGGAAUAAUGACUAUCUUUUCACACUUUCAAAAGCUGAUUCACCUCCAUAUGGGAUUGAUUUUUCUCCCUCUGGAGGACACCCAACAGGAAGGUUUACUAACGGCAAAACAAUCUCAGACAUUGUUGGGGAGCAGUUAGGAGCUAAGUCCUUCCCCCCUCCAUAUUUAGCACCCUCCACUCACGGAACUGCCAUUUUGGGAGGAGUCAAUUAUGCUUCAGGGGCUGCAGGAAUCCUUAAUGAUACUGGUUCCAUCUUUAUAGGACGACUUUCACUUGACAGGCAGAUUGACUACUUUGAGGACACAAAGGAGGAGCUAGUCAAAAUGCUUGGUGACAAGAAUGCAGAGGAAUUUCUUGGCAAGGCCCUGUUUUCCAUCACUGUGGGUGCAAAUGAUUUCUUAAAUAAUUUUCUCAACCCAAUUAGUCCAAAAAGACCAUCUCCUCACAGCUUUGAAGAAUCCAUGAUUGCACAGUACCGCCUUCAAAUUGAGAGACUAUAUGAUCUAGGAGCCAGAAAGUUUGUGAUUGCAGCAGUAGGACCCAUUGGGUGCAUCCCAUAUGACCGUGCCAUCAACUUCUUACCAAACCGUAGCUGUUCUGCAUCUUCAAACGAGCUGGUCACUGCAUAUAAUCAACUACUUAGAAAUCUGAUCUCUGAACUCAACACAAGACUCUCUGGGGCCAAGCUCAUCUAUGCAAAUUCCUAUGAUAUUGUUCUUGACAUGUUUCAAAACUAUGCAAAUUAUGGCUUUGAAAAUGCAGACGAUUCAUGCUGUGGAGAUGUUAGUGCAUUGGUGCCAUGCUCAUUGAAAAGCAAUAUGUGCCAUGAUCGCUCAAAGUAUUUGUUCUGGGAUGCAUAUCAUCCUACAGAGGCCGCAAAUAUCAUAAUUGGAAAGCUCUUUCUGGAUGGUAAUCUUAGUUGUGUAUAUCCAAUGAAUAUCCGGCAGCUCCUCCUGCUCUAGAAAUCGAUGUUCUUGUUCCUAAAUAUAUUGCAGAAUAAAUACAAAAUUAGUUUUUAAUA